AUGGUCGGGCGGGCGGCUGCCACAACUUCUGCGUGCGGAGCUCAAAACGCGUGUGCGACGCAUCUCGUAGCUCGGGCUUCUCUGCUGGUGUCGUUCAGUGGACUUGGCGCAUAUUCGAGGUUCCGGGGUGCAACCCGUAAGGCGGUGGGCGCGGCUGGCGAUCACCGGCGCGGGAUUGUCAGCUGUACGCAGGCGCUUUUUCUUGGUGGGAAGCGCCAGUUUUCCAAGCUCGAGGCCAUUAGCCUCGAGGCGGAGUCUCGAGCGCGCCUAAGUGACCCUAUCGGUACAUCAACGCUAGAAUUAAAUUUGCUGGAGGAUCCGACGGCCGGCCUCGCCACGGGCCCGGCGGAGGAGUUGACCCCAACUGAGCUGGAGACGCGAGUGCGGGUUCUCGUCUCCGGAUACACGCCAUCCCUCUACCGACUACUGUACAUGCCUUUCAUCGAUGUGGUGGCGCUGUUGGUGAAGGAGGGGUUGGUGCCAACAGCAGACGCAGAGGUUCUGCAGAGCAGCAGCCCAAGUGCCAGCAGCAGCAGUGUGACCACCACCACGGGAGGUAUGAGCGCUGGAACCAUCUCUACCAGCCUCCGGCCGGUGCGACCGGAGGAGAUCAUGGCUCGCUGGUUUACCGAUGGACCUGCUACGCUCAAGCUGCCUCACGCCACUGCAGAGGCGAUGGGCAAGCGGCGGUGGAACGCAUUCUGUCGCGCACUGGAGGCGCACUGGGCCUCUUUCGAAGAUGUGAUGCCGCUCACACGCGUUGUACAGCGCCACCACCUGCGUGAAGAGCUUUACAUCCCGCUGUUUCGACAGCUGGCGAUGGAGCUGGUCGACCCGACAAAGCGCGCUUCCGCCGUGGCAACGCUGCCCGGCAUUAUCUUGAGUCUCGCAAAUGGCCGCGCACCGCGCUCGCUAGGGUUGCCGGAGAACGACACGGAGCGUGUCCGACUUGUGUCGAAUUUAUUCCUCGGGGUGGCGCAGGAGGCGGGAAACACGGAUCUUGCCUACCUCGCGGUGCAGCUGCUGCGCGCCAACAACCUCACCACGCCCUUCUCAGCGCAGAAGCAAAUCACCAACGCGUUUGCAGCGGCCUCUCGCAUUGAAACGGAUUGGCAGAUGCGGGCGACUAGUCUGCUGAUUGAGUCCUAUCCCAAGUGGCUCGAGUACUUUAGGCGUGUUCAGCUGGACAACAUGGUCGCGCUGGAGGCCCUGCAGCGCGGGCCGGCGGCGACGACCAGCAGCGAGAGCGCCAGAGCGGGGGGGAGUGAUGUGACGACUGCCGCACCAAAGAGUGCUAAGAGGGCGUCCCUCCCCGACAAGCGCCACGGCAAGCGAUCCAAAGGCCGCACUGCGGACUCGCGCAGGGAUGGCCAGCUAGCAGAUCACUCUCCCGAAGACACCGGAGAGCGGUCGGCAGAGCAGUACCGGUACUUCACCAGUCGUCAGCAGGACGACGUUACACGUGUCACAGCACUCGAGGCGAAUAUCGAAGCCGCGCUGCGCAGUCGAGUGUCAGAGCUGCGCGAAGUUCAGAUGAAUCGCCGUCGCAAGAAGAGUAAGGAAGAGGCCGUGUCUUCAGGGACAAGCAGUGCUGCCGGCGCUGAGCGUGGAGGAAGAAGUUCGUCUAAAGGACCACGUUGA